CUCUCCUCUAGUACGCACUCCUUGCACUUCUCAGCGCUUUCCUUCGCUCGAAGUAUAGCGUGGGCUGCGCCCUGUUCCGGGGUGGUGCUUCCGAUGGAUGCGGAGGGCUGCUCGCCGUCGUCGGCGGAUGAGGAGGGGUCCCAGGAGGCGGCGGCGGCGGAUCGGUUGGUCAAGAUCGAGUUGGAGGCGGCGGAGGCCCUGGCCGACCUGGCUCAUUUCGCCUUGCGGCGGAGCACCGGAAGCUCUGGCGGGAAAUGGGGGAGCAGGGCCAAGGGUAUGAAGAAGCGAGCCAGGAGCGGGUCGCCGCCGCCGCAGACGCCGGGUCCUUCGGCGUUGAUGGCGGGUCCCGCCGGCGGCCCGGCGGCUCGGGGUGCGGAUCCUCCCGAGGAGGGUGCUGUCUUGUGGGAGCAUCAGCUUGAGAACACGAGCGGUAAUGUAGUUCCAGAGCAAGUAAAGGCUGAAGAGGACACUGAUGUGUUAAAUAGUGGGGGCAACAUGUGCAGCACGAGUUACUUGUCAUCAGGUGUGGGCCGUUCGAGACAUAAUCCAAGCGAGGCUGAAAAAGAAGCGAAGAGGCUUCGGAGGGUGUUAGCAAACAGGGAAUCUGCAAGGCGUACGAUUCGCCGACGGCAGGCUUUAUGUGAAGAAUUGACCAGAAGAGCUGCUGAGCUUACCCAAGAAAAUGAGAAGCUAAAGAAAGGAAAGGAGUCAGCUUUGAGAGAGUAUCAGUUACUGGAUACUACAAACAAGCAUCUUAAAGCACAGAUGGCAAAGUCAAUGACACCGGAGAAAGAGGUUACACCUCCAGCUGAGCAAAGGCAAGUGCCUACACAGAUGGCUACUCCUCAGGCAAAUUGCCCGAUGCUGUGGUAUAGGAGUCCAUUCGCACCACUUUUCUGGCCUCCAGUGUUUCAACCAACAAACACGGGCCAAUCACAAGAAGGUCCUCCAAAUACUCCUGAUGUCUCGCCAAGUGCAACAGUGUCAGCAUUUUGCAAGCUCAAUACAUUUCGUGAACAAGAAAACCUGACAAAUGCAUCUACCCCAAGACCUCCUGUGUAUUUAUUACCGUGUCCGUGGUUCUUCACUGUUCCGGAUCCAGGGAGUGUGCAGCACCAAGAGGCUUCUUGUUGCCCCAAAAAUAAAGGAGAUGAAGACUCUGCAAUAAACCAAGUCAGUGAUAGUUCUUCCAGAACUGUCACACAGACGGAGGAAAGCAAUUCCCAUGUGCCUAUCAUGGUCAAGUCAGAAGCUCCUAGCCCGACCAGAUGCAGAAUAAAGAAUGAUCUUAAUGAAAUCCCCAUCGAGUCUCCAUCAGAUGGAGGUGACCGGGAUGAAGAAGUGACUCCUACACCUGCGCUUCCAAGUUCCAUCGAGACUGGAUCUUCUGUCAAAUAUGAGAAUGGAAUAAGUGAGGACCUUGCCACUCCCGACUGUGAAGUAAUUUCACCGAGUGUUAGUGACGCAUCUUUUGUCAGGAAAGAGAACCAUCAAGAAUUGGAUGCAUACACCAGAAAGAAGCUAGCUGAUGCAGUUGCAGCAGCGGAGGCGAGGAAAAGGAGGAAAGAGAUCACGAGGCUGAAGAGCAUCCAUGGCCGCCAGUGUCGGUUGCUCUGUUGAAAUUCUCGGAGAGAUUGUGAAAUAGGAUGAGAAGAAUAAAAGCUAGGCCAGAAGACGUUCGGUUUCUUUGGUAUUUAUCGCGACCGCGAGUUCCGUACAAGAAAACAUGGUUAAGCUUUUACGUAUCCCAGCGCUCUAAUGCCAAGCCACAUCGGUUUUUUCUCUAUGGUUGGCAUGAGAAGGUUAGAGAGAUAGGUCUUUCGGCGCCCUUUUAUAUAGAGGCAAAGCCUGAAAGGUGAGAGUUUUGCUUAUUGUGACUUUUGAGGCUGAAUUAACAUGAGCAGGGAAGAGAAAGAUAAGACUAAAGAUAGGACAAGUGAAGUUGUGCUUCAGAUUGAAGUAGAAGCUUAUUGUAUGGAUACUCAAUCUUAGAUGUCCAUGUUUUGGCCGAAGAAUUCAAAGCUUAUUGUUUCA